AUGCCACAUAUAUUCAAUUUCAAUUGGGGAAUGACUGUCUUUCCCAAAACCUCCAGCCAGACCAAUCCAUGCGAGUCCAAUAAUAAAAGCAUCAACAUCCACAAUCAUAAGAACCCCCCAAAGAAAUCACCUCUUCACAAUACCCACAACAUCCGCCAAAGAAUCCACCACAUAAUCGGGCUCCAACCCCUCACAAGCCUCCCGAUCCCCAUACCCAUAUCGACACCAACACACCUUCCCCCCAAUAUUCCUCGCAAACUGAAUAUCCGCCACCGUAUCCCCAACCACCAAGACACCCUCGUCCGCGACCACGUUUAUUCCAAACCUCUCCCCCAGAACGGGAACAAGCACAUCCACAAAACUCGCCGGAUCCGGCUUCCGCUGCGCCCCAGGCGUCUUAUCCCCGAUAAUCAGCUCCUCGGGCACAUACCCAGCCAAUCCGUUCCUUUCCAACGCCGUCUUCACCGCCGCCACGCCCUUAUUACUGACAAUAGCGAUGGGCACAUGAUGGGCCUUGAGUUCUGUCAAGAGCUCCUGGGCACCGGGGAAGGCUUUGAUGAGGAGUUGGCCGUGGGUGGCGUAGAGGGCGCGGUAUUUGUCGAUCCAGUGGUUUUCUUGGGCUGUGAAUGUUGCGGGGUCCGGGUGGAGGGCGCGGAAGGUGUCGGCGAGGCCGGCGCCGCUGGCGAUGAGACGGUGGAUUUCGGGCUGGGGAGGAGCGUGGGUGGGGAGGAGGGCGUCGAAGGUCAAUUUGAUGGUUUGGGAGAUGGAUUCGUGGGUGUCGAAGAGGGUGCCGUCGAAGUCGAAGAUGGCGAGGGUUGUAGGCAUUUUGAAUAA